CCUGGACACUUCUACAGCACCACGGUUUGAGAUCUACUAAUGAAAUCAUUGACAGACAUGCUGCGCUGGUGAAGACGAUCAAGCAAACAGGGGGUGAAUCCGCAACAGAAAUUACGCCGAUCCACGCUCAGAUCAUAGCCAGAAUUGGCCGCCGGCUGAUCCAGGCACGCAUUACAGCAUAAUUUUUCGUCCCUUCUUCUUUCACUACCACGACGACCGAAACCAACAUGACUGCUCUACCGAGUAUACACGAAAUGUUUCCUGGUAGAUCCUGGCCGUAUUUUCAUGCUGCAUGGGGCUGAUGUUAGCAGAUUUUCUCCUCCAGCAACGACCACCGCCUGCGCCACCACUACCAUCGACAGACCUCUGCUCAACCGUCUUCAUCUUGCACACCAACUCCGAGUCUCAGCCGACGCAUGAGUACACGACAGACGACGCUCUAGCGGACCAGAUGCGCAAGCAUAUCUGCAAGAUCUGCCAUAAGCGCUUCAACCGCCCCAGUAGCCUCCGAAUACACCAGAAUACCCACACAGGGGAUACCCCCUUUCGUUGUCCAUAUCCUGGCUGCGGGCGGUCGUUCAAUGUGAACUCGAACAUGCAGAGGCAUUACCGAAACCAUUCCAUGACGGGCGGCCCGGCGAGCGUUUAUCCGAAAGAGAGCCGCUCGUCAUCGACGUCGUCAUUCUCAACACCUCAGUAUCGACCGACGGAGUCCUCGUCGAUGUCGGCAUCACCGUCCUAUGACCCGCCCUACCGGCCCGCCACCCGCCAUCUAUUCCCCGCGGCCUUGCCCAAACGCGCCUCUGUGACUACUACGCCGUUAUCACCAGAGCCGAUUCCACGCCGUGCGCCCGCCAUCAUCUCGCCAUCAACUUCUUCGUCGCAUACUCCCUCUUUGUCGCCACCGCCUAUCUCCCCCCUAUCUUCGCAGCGUGCUAAAAUCAAUCGCGGCGCCUAUGUGUGGUGCCCGUCGUCGUCUGAUUCAGAGGAGGAAGAAGAGGGCGCGAGGGAACCUAGUUUUAAGCUGCAUGCUGCGAGCUUCAACGAUGUGCCGAGGGUGUGUACUGAGUGGCGCGACACUGAGUACGGGCUGGAUGCAUACCGACAUAGGGAGGACCCCGACCGGGAGAUGAAGAGACGGCGCGUCGAGUACGAUGAAGAAGAACAUAGAUGGCCGUGUUGGGAUCGUGUAUCGGAUAUCCGCACGAAAUAGCCACAGGCAACAGCCGGUGACGAGCAGGGUUCGUCGCUAUUUCAAUGUACCAUAUUCUCUUCCCUUCUUGAGCUCAUCAGCUAUCGCAUUACUUUGUACUAUACCACGUCUUCACCACACCGGCCUUUUGUCAGUUAUCUUAGCGAUAAUCAACUGUGCUUCGGACAUGGCUUUUCAUGCUGAGGGCUUGAAUUCUGAUGACUAUUUAAUCGGGUAUAGUGCACCGGCUAACGUUGUCGACUCCCAUUCAAUCUCUGUAUGACUG